AGAAAUCUGGAUCAACAUCCGGUUCGGAUUGUGUUUGAACAUGAAAUUACCCUUUUACUACCUUUUCUCAUCAAUCAAUUUAAUUUUUCUGAAAAUUUAAAAGUGUCUUGUCAUUUAUAACUCUGUUAUAAGUCUUAUACUGUGAUAAAAUCAUAAAAAGUUUCAGAUUGGUAAAUUAAUAAAGAUGGAUGAAUUACGCGAAAUUAAUCUCAUUGAUAGAAAUAUAACAAAUCUUCAUUCUUUAUCAAUAACAGGACAUUUAGUUUCUCUUAACCUCCAUUCUAAUAAGAUUGAUCGUAUUAUAAACUUAAAAGCAGCUGUUAGUUUACAAUUUUUGGAUCUCUCAUCAAAUAAAAUAAAAUAUAUCGAAGGCUUAGAGAGUCUCGUUAACCUUAGAAACCUGAAUUUAUCAUGUAACAAGAUCGAGACGGUUACAGGUUUACAUAAUACAAAGAAUCUUGUAAAGUUAGAUGUUUCGCAUAAUAAGAUAAGUGAUUUAUCUGGUUUGAGAAGUAUUCCAUCCACCAAAUUUAGUAUCUUAAAUGCCUCUGGGAAUACAUUGACAGAUUUUGAGCACGUCUUAGCCUGUUUAGAGGCAUGUCGUUACUUAAAAGAGUUAUUAUUUAAUCAAGGAUCUGCUACAAAUGCAAUUUGCUGUGAAUCUGAUUAUCAAAAGUCAAUAUGGAAUACUCUACCGUAUCUACAUUCUUUAGAUGGAAAGACUAAAAAUGGAGAAAUAGCUGAAAAAACGUUUUCGUUCUCCCCUCACUUAAACGAAUUUUCAGAAUUUCUUCAUUCAAAUUCAUCCGAUACAUCAAUCUUAGAUUCUAGAAUAAUGACGCCGAAGAUUGAUGCUGCACUAGAAAAAUUCCGUAGCAGAAGAGUAAAAACGCCAGAAAUAUCCACUGUAAGCAGCAAUGAAUCAACUAUUCUAAGCGAGGAACCAUCGAAAGAUGAAACUAGAAAUAAAACUUCAUUGAAAGUCGAAAGUAAAGAGAGAUUAGAAAAUAUUGAAAAACAAUUGGCCGAUCUACUCGAAAAGUCAAAAUUGAAAGAGGAAAGAGUUACAACUACUAGUUCAUGCACUCAAACUGAAACAAAUAGAAAUAAAAAUGAAGUUCGAUCAGCUUUUGUCAACGGAACCAAAAAACCGGCUGAAAAUAUUACUAAAAGAAUUGAAAGGGAAAAGAUGGACGAGAAACGUAUAAAAUUUGAUUACGAUCGUCUUCACCAAGCUGAAGCUGCAUCCCAUAGAUUAGCUUCGAUGGUUCGUCAAUUACAGCAGACCCUUUCAGAGGAACGAGACAAGAGAAUAGAAUGCGAGAAUUCUUUAGAAACAAUGCGCUUGGAGCUAAAAGAGUCUUCCGAAUAUAUCAAUCAAUUACAUAGUAAAUGCAUCAAUUUAGAGAAAAGUAAUGGGGAACUAGAAAAGAACUACGCCGAACGAUUCGACGAAUUGAAUAAAGAAUUGAAGAUAAAUCAGAAAGAAAAUUUUACUAUUUCACAACAAGUUCGUUUAUUCGUUGAAAUCCUAAAGGGAGAGAAUAUUGAUUUGAAAGCGCAGUUAAAAGCUAAAAAGGAAGAAUACGAAAAAGAAUUAAACUUAAGACUUUCCAAUGAAAAAAUAGAUGGCACCCAAAAGAUGAAAAUCGAUAUGUUGGCAAACGAAUAUAGUAGGCUCGAAGAUGAACUUAGAAUUGCUCUUGUAAUAGAGGCAGAGACAAGAGAAAAAAUCGUAAAAGAAUUAGAGACUAAUAAAAAUGAAUUAUCAGAAACGAGAGAAGCCCUAAAAGAAUCCACAGAACAAAAUGUUAAGUCUUCGAAAAUGAUUAACGAACUAACCCAAUUGGUGAAAGAACAAAAAGGGAGAUUAACGGAACUAAAUAAAUGCAAGCAUGAGCAAGCAUCGGAUAUGAAAGACCGUAUAACUGAACUGGAAAAACAUGUAGAUGAGGCUAAGCGAAGAAUGAUACAGUUAGAAUUAGUAAAAAAGGAGAGAAAUGACUUAUUGGCUCAGUUGACAGCUGUUAAAUCGAUUAACGAAGGUCUGAAAGCUGAGAGAAAAGUUUGGAGUGAAGAACUUGCCGAGCAGGGGUCAAGUUUAGCUCAAGAAAGGGGAAGGCUAGAGGCUAAAAUCGAAUCUUUGAGAAAUGAAAAUGCAACUUUAGCAAAACAACUAGAGUCUGAAGUUGAUACAGUAAGAAUAAAAACGGCUAUAAUUCAAGAUCAAACGUCAACAAUAGCUAAACUUAAAGAAGCUUUAUUAGAGAGGGAUGCUGAAGUUAAGGAAGCAAGGAGUGAUGCCCUUCGUUCCGAAAGAGAUUUACAUGAUCAUUUAGAAAAUGACGCUUGUGUUCAGAAAGAUUAUGAUGAUAGAUUAGAGAGAAUGAGAAAUCGAAAAGAUGACCUAAAAAAGAGAGUCUCUGAAUUAGAAGAGGAAGUUGAAAAUUGGCGUAGAUCUCAUAAUGCGAUCAAGUCCCAAUGGAGUGAAAAAUGCGACUUGAUCGUCAAAUUAGAAGAGAAAGUUCGUAAAUUAAAGUCUGUAUGGGAUGAAAAGCAUAAAAAAUUAAACGAAGAGAAGAAUACUGCCGUCCAAUCUGCCGAAGAAAGCCGAAAAAAUUUACAAGCGGCUGAUGAAUCUUUUCGAAAACAGUUAGUCGCACAGAAAGAGCUGUUAGAAUCAGAAAUGAGGCAAAGAAUUUUAGAAAAGGAUAGAGAAAUAGCUGACCGAUCAGCUAGAGUAAAAGAAGUCGAAGAUGAAAUGAGGGAAUUGCUAAAGGACACUGAAGAAGCCAAAGCAGCAACUGAGACUAAAUUGCGUAAAUUACAAGACGCUCUUUCCAGUUUACAGACCGCUUUUUGA